AUGGAGUCCAGAGAGAUUUUAAGCAGCUCCCGCCAAAGGGGGGGUGAGAACGAGUUCCUGUCUGUCACUUCAGCCAAGCCUCCAGGAACUCCAGGCUGUCCAGGGGAAUCUUUGCUCCCUGCACCAGGAUCUGGGAAAGGGAUUCCAGUAGGGGGAGAACGGAUGGAGCCGGAGGAAGAGGAUGAGCUGGGCUCUGGACGGGAUGUGGAUUCCAACUCUAAUGCUGACAGUGAGAAGUGGGUGGCAGGAGAUGGCCUGGAAGAGCAGGAGUUUUCUAUCAAGGAGGCUAACUUCACAGAAGGGAGCCUGAAACUUAAGAUCCAGACCACUAAGAGGGCUAAGAAGCCACCCAAGAACCUGGAGAACUAUAUUUGCCCACCUGAGAUUAAGAUCACCAUCAAGCAGUCUGGGGACCAGAAGCUUUCUCGUGCUGGGAAAAACAGCAAAGCCUCCAAGGAUGAGGAGCGAAGCCACUCAAAAAAAAAGAAUGCAAAGAUCCGAUAG